AUGGGAUUUAUAUUUCAGCCAUCAACUGCAUGGGAAUCUCUGUACUUAUAUAAUAAAUUGUGUAUAAUAUACAUAAUUAAAAAGGUGGCAAUUAAACUACGUGAAAAAUACCAGCAAACUUUAAAGUGGUUGAAUCUAUACAAGCAAAGGUAAUUGAUUCCCUUUCAAUUCACGGCUUUCUGGUGUUAUUGUUACCACUUACGCUUGUACAGGCCGUUACAUAUAUGACAUUGAAACGGCAUACUUGAUUUCCCAAGCCUUUCAAGGUUAUUACCAGUCCAAAUGUGAAAGAUGCCGUACGUGUACCACAAGCUCGGACUGAAAUACUGUCUUAGCGGGUCAAGUUAAUCCCUAUGUUACCGAAGACUGCUGUCCAAAACUUUAAACAUUUUUCCACCUUCAUUUAUUUAGUAUUACUUAGCCAUAUGAAUGGCCACUGCAGUUGGUGUAAGUGGAUCGAGUCCUAAGACGGUUUCUGAUGAAGAACGAAGAUGGGUGAUCAUCGGAAUAUGUCUGACUAAAGUCCUUACUCCAGCAUUGAGAGAUGUUCUUGCCAAUAAAAUGCCAAUAUGGUAUCAAAGCCUGCUCCUACCUCCCCACGAGAUUGAUAAACAGACAUGCGCUCGCCAUGCCAAGACGUUGCCACCUUCUUAUUCGAAAUUAAACUACGAAAGUGUAAACACCAAUUCCACUAUCCGCAAGGCUUCAUCUUACGACUAUGCUGUCAAAGAUCCAGUAUCUUUAGCGAAGUUGUUCAUGAAGCCGUUCAUGGCUAGCUUUACUGGUUUUGGUCAAACUAUGGAUACAUCCGCAGCAUUAUCAAUUGUUGCCGAGGCCCAGCCUUUUCAUGGAGCUAGUGGUAUAGCAAAGAAAAUUAGAUCAGACGUUAGAAAUGAGUGGGCACAUUGUAACUUUUCUCACUGGACUGACGUAAAUUACCAAGCAGCUCUAACAGACAUCGGGACCUUCAUCAACAAUAUCAACCUGACACCAGCUGAGAAAAAGAGAACACUUGAUGACCUUGAUGGCUGGAAACAAAAAGGUAUGAUUUAUUUAACAACUGAGCGUCUGAGCGAGUUAAAAAUGUCUUGAAACAUGAAACAAUCGAGAUAUUGCAGCCCAUAUUACAGGAAUAUUUUUGUUAUUCCAAUUAUAGUUGUGCACUUUACGCACAAAUAGUACAAAUCCUUUCUCCAAUCACAAGCUGACUCUAUUAUGGGCAUAACAUGAGGAUAUAACUCGCAUGAAAACGAAGCUAUUGAGGCAAGAGUGCAAUGAAUUGUGAGAUCUAUUAAAAUAUGUGAACUAAAAUUGUCAUUUGAAAUUACCUUCAUCGUUGGGGGGUUUGCUGAAUAUUACUAGAAAUACAUGCAUGCAGCAACCCCUCGCCCAUAUUUUCCAAACAUUGAUUUAACAUGAAGUAUUAGCAAUUGAUCAACACUGAUGAACGCAAGCUCGCGUUUACGUCAGUGUUGCCAUGGCAACACGAUACGAUAAUUUUUAUUAUACUUAUACAACACGGCAAAAAUAGUCGAAAGAUUAUUGCUUUUAACUACAUAACAAUGACUUUCCGAAAUAUGUACUGUAGGUAUGUUGUUCUGGAUUUUGUGAGCUUUGAUUUACUGUAAAAUUUAACCGGAAUUGCUUCGUAAAAUGUUUUGAAAUGUUCAUUUUAAUAACUGAACUGCUUUUGCCGAUAAACUGUUUUUACUUCAAAUUGUUGAAUAAUUUCAUUUAGGUCUUCAAAUUAAUUUGCUCUCCUUUACAUCAGGGCUCGAAAUAACGUUCCCAACGUUCCCGAUCAUGGUGAUCGGCAAUCACGACUUUUUGCCGAUCAAAUAAAAAUUUGGCCGAUCAGGAGCAUUUGCCCUCAUUUCUUUGAAAAAAUUCUAAAUAUGCCAUUAAAUACACAUCUAUAAAAGAGGACGUUUAAUAACUUCAUUUCAAAUUCGAGUUUAAACAAUUAAAUCUAUGACAUCUGUGGACUUAUAUAUACAAUACUGACAAUACUAAUAGUGUAACUACAUUUGACAUGUAUUACAGUAAUAAACUUUAGUUUAAUUAGUUUUAAUUAUAGUAGAGAAAAUCCUAAAAAUUCCUACUCAAAAAAUCAUAUCAAUUUGAAAUUAUUAUGACAAAGACGUUAGUCGUCGUGGUUCGGAUUGCAGACUGUUGAAGCGGAGACGACAAUACUUCAUAGCAUUGCGGCCUGUCGUAUGACUCGUAUCAAUUAAACAAGAGUUUUUCGCGUGUUUUUGAAUGUGUUUCAUGUUAUUUUUAUUUGUCUUUUACCGCGUACAGGUAAGCAUGUCUUUCAGACAAUGGUCAAAUUACUCAAAUAUAUUUCUUGCCGAUCAAGAUGAACGGCAACGUUGCUUUUUCGCUCGAUCAAAAACAAUUUCCUGCCGAUCAAUGAUCGUUGAUCGGCCGUUAUUUCGAGCCCUGUUUACAUUUACCUUUUUUUCUUAAAUUAAACAGGGUAAUUUAGGAAACUUACAGCUUCUUUGAAAAGGAAAACAGCAGUGCAUGUUUUACGCAAUAAAUUAUCAAAGCAACAAAAUUCAUAAUCAUAAACAUUAAACAUUCAAAGCGAACUUGCCCUAUAUUUCACGAUUUUCCAUAGUGAAUCAAUUCUUCUCAUUUUCCAAACAAAAAUUGCUUCAAAGCUCAUUGUGUGAAACGUGAUUUUCCAAAUAUAUGCUUUUGAAAAUUGAAAUCUUUCUUUAAUAUACUCAGUGUGCUAAUCCCACUCCUGGCAAACAGCCAUAUUUUUGAGAUCAAUGAGGAGGUCCACCCUUGGAUCAUAGCCAUGCGCCCACGGUAUUUGAUGAACUUUAGACUUCGCUAGUGCGUUCCUUUCCCCGGGUGUAAAUAGCCGGGGAAAUUAGUACCCUCGCCCCGGGCUAACGCCCGGAAUGGCGCUCCGCGCCGUUGGCUCGGGGAUGUAGUCAAAUACAAUGUUCUUUCUUAUAGAACGGCUAGGCAAAAUAAUUGUAUGGUUUAUGCGUAAAUAUCAGGAUUUGGGGCAUCUCACUUCCAUGCAUGCACCUUAGUGUAUAUAUACUAGAAAAUACAUGCAUGCAGAAACCCUCGCCUUGCUGACAAAAACAUUGCAGUAUUUUCCGAACAUGAAGUAUCUAAAGUAGUUGUCAUGGCAACACGAUAAUUUUUUAAGAAUAUUCUUACAAAUGAAAAAUCGCCUAAAAAUAUCACUUUUAAUUACAAAAUUAUCAAUUUCUCAACAUAUAUAUGUUAGGUAUGAUAUUAUAUGUAAUAUAAGCUUCAAUUUAAGGUAAAAUUCAACCACAAACGCUUCGCAAAACGUUUUAAAGUGUUCUUUUUAAAACUAAACUGCCUUUAAUUAAAUGGCUUUAUCGAUAAACUUUGAGUUUGCAAUAAAAUGAUUUCAAAUUCUUGCUUGCAAAUAACUUUGCUUUCUUUUUUAUUUAAAAAAUUCAAUGUCAUAAAAAAGGGAAUCAAUAUUAAAGAUACACUGAAAUUAUAUCAUUGCUGUCUUGUUUAGUUGUUUCAUAUACGCAAAGCCGGCAAAAGCCGGCGAGUUUUAAAACCAUUAUUAAAUCAAUAUUUAAAACAAACUUACCUUCGUUAACGUCGGCUCCCUUCUUUUAGCCGAUUCUUUCGCAGUUUCUUUACGAGGGAGCUUUUGAAAUUUACAAAAUCUUGCAAAAAUGCGAAAAAUGAAAUAUAUUUGCAAGAAAUUUAUCAAUCAUCAAAUCAAGAAAUAUUUGCUAUUUCGCUGUCGUCAUGAAGUUGUUAUAAUGCAAACUUUAAAUUGGACCAAUCAGUGUCCGCAAUUCAUGACAGUCCGCCAUAUUUUUGAGAUCAGUGAGGAUGACCACCCACCGAAACAUCGUUGUUGAGCCACGCCCGCGAUAUUUGAUGAACUUUAGACUUCGCUAAUGCUUUCGUUUCCCCGGGUGUAAAUAGCCGGGGGGAAUUAGUACCCUCGCACGGCGCUUCGCGCCGUCGGCUCGGGGACAAGAGCUUGCGGUUAGAGCUGGACAACUGGGCUCUGUAGCUCAGUUGGUCAGAGCGCUGUAUCGCAGGACCGCAGGUUCGAUUCCUGCCAGAGGACCUAUAGUUGCAUUUUUCGCAAUUGAAAAAAUUUACACUAGAAAUUUCCAUCUACAAAAAUAUUUCGCAAUUAAUUCUAUCGAGUGAGAUGUCCAAAAUCCUGAUGUUUACCAAUACAAAUGAAUCCCCAUAAUACUGCUAUGUCGUUGCUUUAAGGUCUUGAACUGUGUUUUGGUCAACCAGUUGAUUCCGAACUUUUGAGAUUUGUCAACACAGAGGUUGCUGAACUUCGCGAAUCUGUAAAAUUGUGGAAAGAAGAUGUAGAGAAUAGUCAGGUAUACUCAGUCCAAUUCAUAAUGUACAGGGCUGCCUUAAAUCAGGGGGGGGGGGGAUUGCUGCAUGCGGAGUGCCGUUGCCGAUCCCUUCAAGAUGUCAAAAUUUCUCAUUUUCUGAAAAUUUGGCUGAUGUUUUGGCCGGAGCAUUGCUGUUUGACCAAAAUCAUAUAGGAAAUUACCAAACUAUGAUUUUUUCUUCGUCAAAGUUAUAGUUUACUUUUUCAAACUAUGUAAAGUCUAUAACUGAGAGCGGUAGAGGAAGGAGGGUAUUGGUGACAGUUCAUUUAAAAUAUUAAUGGUAAUUUCACAAUUCACGAAGAAAAAUCUUCCGCUGUUACUUAACUAUUUCUUUUGCUCAUCACGCUAAAUGGAGUAGUUUAAACACGGAAAUUGUACAGUUUAACCAGGAGUUUAACAAAUACCAUACUGCGUAAGUAAUAAUAAUACGACGAUGUAUUUGUCGAAACUGUAUUUUUGUUUGUGUUAUCUUCUAUUCAAAACUAGUCUUUUUCGUUAGAAAAGCAAUGUUAUCUUCUGUAAACCUUUUUCGUGCCAAGUUUCCAUGCGGACUUCGCAGCAUUGCUGUGCGGCAAGUUGAGACGAGACAUCAUAUGGAGCUUCGGCAGCGCAAUCGUCAGAGCAAGUACUUUUCACCUCUGAGAUCAUGGGUUCGAUUCUCGUUGCGGACGCAAUGACGGUUAAUAUGUAAAAAUAGUCCAUAAAUGCUCUAUCGAUAGUCGUGGGUUUUCUCCGGGUACUCGGUUUCCUCCCACGGGAAAUAUUGAAAUGUUGACAGGAUGGGCUGUACGUGCUCCGUGAUCAGUCAUACAUGAGUCAUAAGGUUUCUGCCAGGCCAGAAGUGCCCUUAGCCCUUACUUAAACUAAUUUUCCACUAGGCGAAUUCGGUCGCGCAAACGACGUUUUCCUUUGUUGGCAUUACGUUUGCUGACGUGAUAACGUUGCCGACAAAGGGAAAACUCGCUUCGCGCGAAUUAAUUUUCUUAGUGGAAAACAGGCUUUAGAAAGCCUUCAACUCGAUCAGUGUUCUUCGCAAUUCAGCUUAGCUCACAGUGGCAAGUAAGAAUGCACACACCUACUGAUUGGGGGCAUUAUAUUUAGCUAUGAUUUUAAAAUAUACUUUCAUUGCUAGUAAGUUAAAAAUAUACCACGGUUUCUGUAUAUCCACUCAGAACUGAUCUUUGUUUUGUUAAAAAGCAUUAGAAUAGGUUUCUUGCGAUGCUUAUCUUCUUUGCAAAACUAUUUUCUAUAUUUAUUAUACCCUCGUCAAAACUGGCAAGGUGCAAUUAGGCAGCCUGUGCAACAACCAUUAGUUCAAAGUUCCACAACUCCAACAACAUCAACAUUAACAGUCGAUAAUUAUAACAAAUAAAGCAUAUUGUCACGCAUACAUGUAUAGUCGUACAUACGUGUACUAUUUUAACGUGCACAUUCCAUGGAAAUUACCAAUAAAAUUUAGAAAAAGAACAGUAUUCUUCUUACAAAUAAAUGUCGGCGUAUUUGAUGGUUCGUGAAAAGAUAUACUGAGACACUUGACAAAUUAGUCAAAUUAGAUAAACUAUAUAGUUGAAAUAUAUUUUUUCUUUAUCUUACAGGUAUGUGUACAGAGUAAACUCUUAAACGCCCUGGAAACCAUCGAGAAAUCUUUGAAACAGGAAAUCCAAGAUUUGAAAGAAAGACAACUCCGUACUGAACAAGAUGUCGAGCAAUUAAAACUUCGACAGCUCAUAUUGUAUGAAAAUGUCGCAAGAAAAACCGAUGAAGAACCACGAUAUAUUUUCAUGGCGCCAAAGCAAACCCAGUGGUUCAGCGGCCGAGAAUCUGAACUGGAUUUGCUUCGAGAGAUUCUAGUGAAUGACGAUGCGAGUAGUGAAGAGAAAGUAAUCAUAGCAGCCGUAUCUGGCUUAGGAGGAAACGGGAAAACAAGUCUUACUGCAGAAUAUAUACACAAAUGGAAAAACUAUUACCAGGGAGGUGUCUAUUGGUUUUCUGGAGAAGACGAUGUCAAGUUGAAAGCCACCGUUGAUGACAUUGCAGCGCAAUUCAAUACACUUCAUGAAAAUUCACUUGAGGCUACAUUGUCCAAAACCUUAGCAGUAUUUUCGCGUAUUACAAAACCAUGGUUGAUGAUCAUAGAUGAUAUGGAUGAGUUUAAUCUUUCACAAAAUGUACUGAAAUUGGUAUCGGGAUCGUGGCAAGCAAACGCCUGCUUCGGUCAUCUCAUCGUGACAACACGAAGAACGCCUCAGGAGUUAAAAGAACAUAUUUCUAGUUUCAACGAAUCCAGGUGCCUCAACCUUCAAUGCUUUGGUUUAGAGGAGGCGAAGAAUUUUGUAUUCAAAAGGACUGUGACUGUUCGCGAUGAACAAACAGGUUAGCUUACAGCUUUUUGUAUUCAAGUCAGUAGAAAACAAUGGACGCAUUUUUAGUGCAGUAUUGUGAUGGGUGGAAGAAUUCAAAUAACCGAAUCAUAUAGUGUUAACGCUUCAGGGGGUGCACGCGAUGUUAUUCGAAAUCUGUUUAUUUUGUGAACUACAACGGAUUUCUGCAUUUUCCAACGUUUGACGAUGAUUAUUUUAGGUACAAUCGGGUGUUAUGCUCUAAUGAAAGUGUAAAAAGAUACUGUGAGUCCAGUGGCGGAAACGUUGCCAAAAAUAUGGGCAAGGGGGUGGCGGGAGUGGCGGAGGCACGAGAUUUCUAGGGGGGUCUUGCGGUGUGCUCCCUCAAGAGGCAUUUGCAGCAUUCUGAGAGCACAUUUUGUAAGAAAUUUCAGGUUUUCAAAACAUUAAUUUAAUGGUGCAUUUUGUUACAAAUCAUAUGCUAUAAAGCAUAAAAAAUCGACAUUUCAGAGAAAAUAUUCUAGAUGAUUAAAUACAUUUGUGAAUGGAAUUGCAAGGUGGUUUAAUAAUCAACGCCAAUGACAAUGUAAAAUGUAUUCGCUAAGCUAGUGAAAUCCACAUAU